GGAAGAUUUGACGGAAGAUACAUUCAGCAGCAGGACCGGACCUUGGCGUGAUCAGGGACUAUGCCUUGUCGACUGGGGAAAGGGGAUAGAUCUGAGCCUUUUUCCAGCUGGCGUAGAAUUUCAUGGGGACUGCCGAACUUCUGGAUUUCGUUGUGUUGAGAUGCAGGAAAGUCGAACAUGGACAUAUCAAGUUGACACCUAUGGCCUCUGUGUUAUUGUGCAUAUGAUGCUUCAUGGAUCUUACAUGAGUAUUGAAAAGAAGGUCAAGCCUGAUGGAAGCCAUCACUAUCAACCUAAAUCACCAUUCAAAAGGUAUUGGAAUGUUGAUUUGUGGAAAAACCUCUUUUCUGCAUUGCUCAACGUACAGUCCAAUGGCAGUGACGUACCCCUGCUGCAGAGUUUAAGAAGAUCCUUUGAGGAGUACAUUGGCAGAAACCAACAACUUAUAAAUAAAUUAAAACAUUUACUAGUGAAACAGAAGGCAUCCUUGUGUUCAGCUUAGCCUGUUCUCUGGCCCAAAUUUAUCAAUAUUAUCUGUUCAUUCAACCGACUAAGAUUGUAUAACAUCUGAUGUACAUAACAGAUUGGACGUUAGCUCCAUACCAUUAAUCUCAUGGUAUGAUAUGUUUGUCUCUUUCACUUGCAUGAGCUUGCACUCUGAAGUCAUGUUAAGUCAAUGAAGCUGUAAGCGGCUGUUUAGUGUCUUCAGUUCCAGAUAUUCUUGAUCAACAUAAACAGCCACAUCACUGGAUGAUUUCCAGUACUAAGUAGGAAAAGUUCGACAAGGAAGGCAGGAUCUUUAUAUUGUUUCAGUAAAUUGAUAGUAAUGGUAG